AUGAAUUAUUUCGUGCAGUUGACAUUUUUACUGUUAUAUUUGUCAAUACCUAAAUUAUGUGCAAUUGAUCUUGUUGAAAAUGGUAUUAAAUUCUAUGAUGUAAUUAAAAAUGUUCAUGAUGAUACAAAACAACAUCAGCGUUCGAAACGUUCUGCCAAUGAAUAUAAAUUUAAGCCAGAACGUAUUUUAACCUUAGAAUUAUUUGACAAAAAUAUCACUCUUAUUCUUAAGCAAAAUGAUGAAUUCUUAGCAACAAACACCAUUCAUCUGGGUGAUGAGCAUGUACCAUUUGAUUCAUCGAUACUCUACACAGGAUACGUUGAUGGUUAUCCCACAACAUCAUAUGUAACGGGUGGAUUUUACUCAUCUUGGUUUGAUGGUUUAAUCAAAUAUUCGAAUGAAACUUAUUACAUUGAACCAAGUAUAAAAUAUUCAAAAUCUAUCCCUGGUGUAUCAGUUAUUUAUAAUGCAUUAGAUGUUAUCAAACCCGAUAAAAAAGCAUUUCGAUUUAAACGUUAUGCCUCUAAUGAAGAACAACAAAAAGAUGAAAGUUCCUUCUUUUGUGGUUUAAAUGACAAACGUAAACAGCAGAUGAACAGAGAAGCACAACGAUUGAAAACACAUCAGACGAAUGAAACAACAUUGAACGACGAUGAUGAUCAAAGUGAUAAUGACUUUAAAAAACGUUAUACAAGUCGAACAAAACGAGAUUCUAAUUCUGAGAAAACAUGUUGCUAUAUUUAUAUACGUGUGGAUCCUACACUAUGGGAUAUUGUGUACAAAAAUGAAGGUUUAUAUGAUAAAGAGCCAACAAUUCAUGCUAUCGUGACGUUUUUGUACCGUACUGUGACUGCGGCUAAUGCACUUUAUCGCACACUUAAGUUUGAAUCAAAUGGCGAAACAUUAUAUAGAUUUACAAUUCGUAUUAAACGGAUUCGAAUUCUUACUCCAACUGAUUGUUCUUCUAAAAACUUGAGUAUAUCUGAAAUGAAUAUUUGUCGCUCCUAUUUGGAUUCAAACGUUCUUCUAACUUGGCAUUCGGCUGAAGAUUUUCAUGAAUAUUGUUUGGCCUAUAUAUUUGCUGCUCGAGAUUUCGGUGAUGGAACAUUAGGAUUAGCAUGGAUGGGCAGCGUAGCAUCAAACAGUCGCGGUGGUAUUUGUGAACAACCAGCUCGAGACAUUUACGAAGGCGAAAGAGUACUGAAAACACUCAACACGGGAAUGGUGACAAUAAUUAAUCAUAACACAAGGACAUCAUCACUAAUGACAGAAUUAACGUUUGCUCAUGAAGUGGGCCACAAUUUGGGUGCAGAGCAUGAUGACGAUAAAUGUGGUGGGGACUCAAAUCAUGGUCAUUAUAUCAUGUAUCGACGAGCGACAACAGGUCUUGAAGAUAACAACAAUAAAUUUUCAAACUGUAGUAUGGAAAAAAUGAGUCCAGUAGUGAUUGCUGUUAAAAUUGGAAAAGAGAAAAAAAAUUGUUUAACUGAAUGUACCCAGGUCGGCUACUGUGGAAAUCGAAAUGUUGAAGAUGAUGAAGAAUGUGAUUGUGGCUUCACCGACGAGUGUACAGAUAAAUGUUGUUAUCCCGCUGGUGGUCCAAAUGCAAAACUAGGAUGCAAAUUAAGAUCAGGCUCUCUUUGCAGUCCUUCAAAGGGUCCUUGUUGUUCAGAUGAUUGUACAUUCCAACCUGAGUCACAUGUAUGCCACAAAGAUACGACAAAUGAAGAAUGCAUUGGAAAUGUUAAAUGCGAUGGUGUGCGUGCAACUUGUCCGAUGAAUGACACGAAAUUUUUCAAACCAACAAAUACACCAUGUAAUCAAAACACAGCAUUAUGUGAUAAAGGGUACGGAUACGUUGCAUUAGCCUUGCGUGAUGUUUCCAAUUUCCUAGAAUGUACAAAAUCGAUCUGCACAUUAAUUAAUCGAACAGAGUGCACUCUUACAAUUCCAAAUGUUGCUGAACCUCUUCGACAACGUGGUGUCGAUCGCGAAUAUUUAUGUCAUAUUGGAUGUCUUGACGCACGAACAAACACAUGCGUUGAUACGUUAACACUUGGUAUGCGCAAUAAUGCGAUAAAAGGCGGUUUAGGAUAUAAACAUCGACCAGGUCAUGCAUGUGCUGGGACCACUGGCUAUUGUGAUGUAUUUGGAAAAUGUCGAGCUGUUGAUGCCGAAGGACCACUGACUCGACUGAAAAAUAUGUUAUUAAACGAAGAGAAUAUUAGAACAUUUACACAAUUAGUUAGGGAAUACUGGUGGGCAUUUUCCCUUGGACUAUUAGGUGUUUUAUUAUUGAUGGGUAUAUUUGUUAAAAUCUGUAGUGUACAUACACCCUCUUCAAAUCCCAGACGAAAACCAGCCAGAUCAUUGUCAAUUAAAAGGACUCGUGUUCGCACAAAUGCUUUUAUAACUCCUCCACCAUUGACAGCGUCAAAUGGUGAACAUUUGAAUCUACAACAAUCUCAACUAUUUGUCAGACAAACAUCGUCAGAAAAUAAUCCUAAUCGUUUAAAUAAUCAGAUAACUAAUACUGCACGUUUGUAA